CUUCCACCGGGUGAUUCAGCUCCUGUCCGGGCCUCAUGAGUCCGUUUAAACCGCAGAAAUGCAAAUCUUCAGGUUCUUUUCGCGGUUGAGCAACAGGCAGUGACUCUCCUCCUUCUUCUGGGCGUUUCUCUAAAAACACAACCUGAGCUCCGACAUAAAACUCUGCGUCCUGCUGAGCUCCGACAUUCUGACUGCAGAUCCGAGACAGAAACUCAGAAACUCCGCAGAAAAACACAAACAGACCGAGAUGUACGCCCGAUCCAGCUCCACGCUCACCGUCCAGGAGAGCUUCGCCUUCCCCCGGGUGGCCUCCCGCAGCACCGAGCCGGAGGUCUUCACCUUCGAGCGGAUCCCGGCUCAGGCCACCGCGGUGCGAUCCACGGUCCCCAUCCGGCCCAAGAAGCGCUGCACCCGGGUCAUGUACCCCGCCAAGGUCCGCAUGCACCUCCCGCCCCCGGAGAAGAACCAGGCCAAGCGCUGGCUGCUGAUUCUGUGUCUGGUGGUCCUGUGGCAGAUCUACACCGAGGAGCCCUGCACCGACGCCCCGCUGGCGGCCACCGACGGCCCGGUGGGAGACUACCAGGGCUUCCCCUUCCAGUCCCCGGAGGAGCCGCUGAGCUCCGCCCCGCUGAGCCGCUGCGAGGACGGAGAGAUGAUCCAGAACACCUGCCCUCUGCCCGGCCAGGAGUCCGACAGCAGCCGGGCCUUCGAGCAGAGCGCCGGGAAGAGCUACAUGGUGGCCCUGCUGGUCUACCACCGGCUGGGCAGCGACAACUGAGCCUCCCGGUACCGGCUGGACUCUGAGCCCGGAUGGGCUCCAACAACACUAACGAGCUCCGGAGAGCAGCGGGGCGUCCUGCGAGGCGCAUCCGGGGAAGGAGCUCCAUGCGUCGGCUAGUCUCAGCCAGCAGCCCCGUGGAGGACCUGGAGGACUUCCCGGAGGAACUCCUGGAGAACCGGCAGGCUGAACCCGGACAGACAGAACUUCAGAACUGUGAAGAGAAAAACUGAAACUUGAACUUUGAUGAAACUUGAACUGAGGAGUGAUUUCCACUCAAAGGAACUAAAACCUGAAAACAAACUGACUGUUGAUGCUGUUUAAUGUUUAUUUAGUUAUUUAUUCUGUUAUUUGCUAUUUAUUGAAUAAUAAUAAUAAUAAUUUUUAAUAAAAUGUUGAAAAGAA